GCCAGUCUGCGUUUCCAGAGGAACGGCGACGCGCUGCAUCAACACAAGUCUUCUCCGCGCUUCGACUCCGACUUUCCGAAACUUCGUCUGCUGUGAUUUCCUUCGACGCACUAGAAAGCCGCAACUGCUAAGUAAAUAUUAUUGAACGGAGCAAUGGGUCGACCGAAAUAUUUCACUCCCAACGAGGUGUCGAGGCACAACUGUCUCAACGAUCUCUGGGUUUCCUAUUUGGGUGAAGUAUAUGACCUUACACCCUUGCUGAAAGAGAAUAAAGGAAAUGUUUCCCUGAAACCUAUAAUUGAGUCUGCAGGAAAAGACAUAAGUCACUGGUUUAACCAAAAAAGCAAAGAUAUCCGGACGCAUAUUGACCCAAUGACUGGCUGCAAAAAAUACUACAUCCCCAACGGUCGACUUCUGCAUGUGCCACCUCCCUACCCACGCACAGACUGGGCAACUGACUUUGGCUGCCCCUGGUGGAAAGAUAACCAAUAUUAUAUCGGCAAAUUAUCAGCCAAGACCAGAUACAUACGGAUUAUAAACACAUUGACUUCACAGGAGCAAACCAUUGAGGUCUGCUCUGAAGAGAACAUGAUGGAGAUAUUGGAAAGAUAUCUGAAGUACAACGCUCAUGCAGCCAGCUACACGUGGAAGUAUAACAGUGUUAAUCUGGAUAUGUCCCAGACUCUAGCAGAGAAUGGAGUGGAGGACGAGGAUGAGGAAUUCUAUACCCUACAUAUGGACAGGGAUCGCUGGACUCCCGCCAUCCAUUUAUACUUUAAUGAUGACCUCACAGAACUCUAGGCAGUUUUUUUUUUUUCUUCUUGAAGCACUUUGCAGUCAUCUUACUUAGGAUUAUAAUAUUAUGUGCCAUCUGAUGACUACCGAAGCAACACUGCAGGAGUCAACUACUUAUGUCUGUUUGUUCACUCUUUGUUAGCAUGAUGCAGAUAGGAGAAGACAUUUUAGAUUAUUCAGGACCUUCAAAUAGGAUAUACAGCAGCUAUUCGUUCAUUCUAAACAAUGAACAAUGUUUUUUAUCAACUGGAAUGCAUUAUGUCAAAGUUAAAAACUUCCACAUUUUAAUGAUAAA